AUGGUCAAAGACAUCGCCCCUAGAGCAGGUUUGCCUGCUGAUUUCCUUUGGGGCUUUGCAACUGCCGCAUAUCAGAUUGAAGGUGGUGCCACGGCAGAUGGACGAGGCCCUUCAAUUUGGGAUAGCUUUUGCAAAAUCCCCGGCAAGAUUGCUGACGGCAGCUCCGGGGAUGUGGCAUGCGACUCAUACCAUCGAACAGCCCAGGACAUUGAGUUGCUCAAGAAGCUUGGUGCCAAAGCAUAUCGUUUCUCCAUCUCCUGGUCCCGUGUCAUUCCGCUAGGUGGCCGGAAUGACCCAGUCAACGAGGCCGGGCUCCAAUACUACGUCAAAUUUGUUGAUGACCUCCUCGAGGCAGGAAUCGUGCCCUUCAUCACACUUUUCCACUGGGAUCUCCCCGACGAACUCGACAAGCGAUAUGGAGGGUUCUUGAACAAGGACGGGUUUGUUGCCGACUUUGCCAACUAUGCACGAGUCAUGUUCGAGGCCAUGGGUUCUCGGGUCAAACACUGGAUCACAUUCAACGAACCAUUCUGCAGCGCCAUUCUCGGAUACAAUGCCGGUGUGUUUGCCCCAGGUCGUUCCAGUGACAGGAAGAGGAGUGCGGUCGGUAACGGAUCUACCGAACCUUGGGUAGUCGGCCAUCACAUCCUGCUGGCACAUGCAACUGCAGUUAAGAUCUACCGAGAAGAAUUCAAGUCGCGAGAUGGAGGAGAGAUCGGAAUCACCUUGAACGGCGACUGGACCGAGCCAUGGGACCCUGAGGACGAACGAGACCGGGAAGCAUGUGAUCGCAAAAUUGAGUUCGCCAUCUGUUGGUUCGCCGACCCUGUGUAUUUCGGGCACUAUCCAGAGUCGAUGGUAAAGCAAUUGGGUGACCGUCUGCCCAAGUUCAGCGAAGAAGAAAGCGAACUCAUGAAGGGUUCGAACGAUUUCUAUGGCAUGAAUCACUACUGUGCCAACUACAUCAAGCACAAGGAAGGCCCCGCCGACCCGCUCGACUUCGCAGGCAACUUGGAGAUCCUCAUGGAAGACAAGUACGGCAACAGCAUCGGACCUGAAACACAAAGUUUCUGGCUCCGACCGCACGCUCCAGGAUUUCGAAAGUUGAUGAAAUGGCUGAGUGAUCGAUACGGACGGCCGAAAAUCUACGUGACAGAGAAUGGCACGAGUCUGAAGGGCGAGAAUGACUUGUCGCGCGACGAGAUUCUCGAAGAUGACUUCCGGUGUGAGUAUUUCCGGAGUUAUAUCACCAGCAUGGCAGAGGCCGUGGCCGAGGAUGGAUGUGAUUGUCGUGGGUAUAUGGCAUGGAGUCUCAUGGACAAUUUCGAAUGGGCUGAAGGAUACGAGACUCGCUUUGGGGUCACCUAUGUUGACUAUGAGAACGAUCAGAAACGGUACCCGAAGAAGAGUGCUCUGGAGAUCAAGAAGAUAUUUGACGAGUACGUUGGCAAGAUAUGA